AGUGCUCUUCAGUAUGAAUACAGAUAGCGGAGGAUAUGCUCACAAAAGUGUGGCUUUGUCGUUUAUACUCUCUCCCAUGAAGAGGGUCCAGAGCUACCCCAAUCUAGCCACAGGGAAUGAUUCUCACUCUUCAGACUUGGAUUCAUGGCGCUCCAGCAGUGUCACAGAUGGCCUUAAAAAUGGAGACGCCAGCAGCUCCUCACUCGCUGCCAAAGGUUUCCGCAGUGUCAGGCCCAAUCUGCAGGACAAAAAGUCACCCUCGCAGGGCCCUCCCUCUCCAGACUCCAGUGCACGCCACUCCCCCUACCGCUUCCACAGCUCUGAGUCCCUGGACUACCUGUCUGGUAUCUUGCCCAAGGCCCUGUCUCCCACCCCAUAUGUCCCCAGUGGGGCCAGCAGUACUGUAGGCACUGUGAGCGGGCCGAGCCUUAGCACUGCGGGUAGUUCCAGCAUCAGUGGCUUCGCGUCGCCGUCCACCUCCCCUGUGACCGUGUCAGCGCUCAGUCACUACUCCACCUCCACGGCGGGUCUUUUGGACGAGCUGCAGAUCUGUAGUCUGGACUCCCCCGGUGCCUCUCCCACCCCAUCGCCCACUCUGAGCCUCGCCUCCGCCUACACCUCCACCACCGGGGCUGACGACGCUCUAACUGCCCCUGUGUCCUCCUCCGCUGCUGCCACCGUUGGCCAGGUCCUGUCUCAUGCCAUGAAUGGAAGCUCUGGUCCUCCACAGCGGCCCCUCUCUCCGCCGUCGUACCCCUCUCCUCCUAAAUCCCUUCACAAAGGCGUCCACAGGCAGAGCAGGAGUACAGAAGGGAGCGAAUCUGCUUCAAGAGAAUCCAUAGUGAGUGGCCACACGUCCGUCACAGUGCCCAUCGCCCGUUUCUCAGAAGAAGAGAAGAAAGUAUCAGUGAUUAAAGCUCCACAUUAUGAAGGCAUUGGACCUGUGGAUGAUACUGGCAUUCCUAUUGCAAUCCGCACUACAGUGGACAGGCCAAAAGAGUGGUACAAGACAAUGUUCAAGCAGAUCCAUAAAGUUCACAAAGCGGAUGAUGACUAUUCCGACACAUAUAAUGCAGCAUAUGCAGUAAUAAACAAUGAAGACUACAAUCUGUCAUCAACCAUCACUAUGGCCCAUCCUCCACCUAAGACUCACACAUACAGACCACUCGCCAAAAGCCCCUCCGACAACGGGCGCCUUCCAGAGCCCGCACCUUCGCCUGUCCCCCCGCCCUCUCCUGCUGUGCCCUCCAUCCUGCAGCUACGAGCAAGAGACAGCGAUCGAGGCAAGGAGGGCUCCGAUAUAAGGAAUGAAUGGGGCCCUCCAGACAGGAAAGUAGACACAAGGAAAUAUCGUGCUGAGCCCAAGAGUAUUUUUGAAUAUGAGCCUGGAAAGUCCUCGAUUUUAGAGCAAGAGAGACCGACCUGUGAUGACAUAGAUUUAGAGAACGAGCCUUGGUAUAAGUUCUUUUCCGAACUGGAGUUUGGGCGGCCGCCUCCUAAAAAACGACUGGAUUAUAAUCCAGAUAUCUCCGCUCGCCAGCGCAUUGAGGCAUCGCUGCUCAUCGCUUCGUCCGAAAAAACUGCGGAGAGAUCUGCAAGUGUGGCCAGUGACUACAGGAAAAGACGAAAGUCAGAGCCCUCGAAUGCCCACACAAAUGCUCAUCAGAGCAGAGGUGUGACAUCUCCAAAACCAGUAGAACCAACCCGACCCAGCAGCAGCCUGAAAACUGUGGUUCGCUCUUCUCCGUCUUCACCCUCCAGAGCCAAAGGUGGGGAAGCAUGCGACAUGUAUCCAAACAAUUUAUCCUCUCCAGCCUCUCAUAAACGCCCCUCAUUACCCCCUCUUCCUUCGGAGUCUACAGACUGCAUGGAGGACGGCAGCCAAGAGGGCAGUUCCUCCUCUAAACAGUCUGUUUUUAAGAGCAGCUGGCCUAGUCAACAGGGUGACACAGAAACCUGGAGCAGUGUGGAGGAGGUUCCGCCUUCCUCCCGUAAAGUCAAGUCUCGCAGCUGUGAUGACUUACUAAACGAUGGGCACUCGGGCACCAAUGGGCGUGGCGCCACACGCUCAGAAAGUGCUGGUUCUUUGUUGUGUGAUGGACUUCCCUCAGGUUCCACAGCAUCCACCUCUACUUCCUCUUUGCCCCGACUUCACCGGCGUCGGGCCCAUGACUCACCGGGGUUUCUCCAACUCUAUAAGAAGAUGCACCACAUCGACCGCUCUCAGCUCAUCCCCUCUGACGUGAUCCGCUCAGUGCGGGCGCGUAUACUUGAGCUGGAGCGCCAACCCCAUCUGCUUCGCCAUCCCUUCCCUCCAUGGAGACCGUCAUGGGGCAAAGAUGUCUCACGUGACAUGGUGCCAAAUCGUAUUUCUGAAUACGAGCGCCUUAUACAAAAAUCAAAAUCUAUGCCUAACCUGGGUGAUGGUGAAGCACCAUCAGGCACUGUGACCCCUGGUGGUUCCUCAUCUCGAGCCAGCAGUGGGGGCAAUACUCCCAGUUUACCUAAACGCCGCUUUUCUAUAGAGUCUUUACUAGAAGAAGACAGCAAUGGCAAUGACACAGCACAAAGCAUGGAUCAUUUGCAGUGUGCGCGUAGUCCACCAGAGGGGCAGCCUCGUGUUGGCCCAGAGCCCAGUCGAGGAAACUCUUUUGCAGCUCCGCCUCUGCCUCGUGCUCCCCAGGCUCCCCAGGACUACUCUGACAGCGAGCAGGAUGCUGUCGCCUCAGACCUGAGUGACUUUAUUCAGGUGGAGGGCUCCUCUUUCUGCAGUGAGAGUGACUUUGACCACUGUUCCCUGACCUCCACAGAGAGCCUGUAUGGCUCCUCCUCACUCCACCAUCACCUGCGUCACCAGCAUCGCCAUCACCACCACCACCAUGCUGGUCAUCAAAGCGUGGGCCAGAGCCAGGGCUACCAACACAGACACCUUAUCAGCUCCUGCAAGGGCCGCUGCCCUGCCUCAUACACCCGAUUCACCACAAUGCUACGUCAUGAGAGAGAACAGGCUCGCCAGGAGCUUCCCAGACCUUCACAGUCCACUCACAGCAGCCAUUUACGAACACACAACCCACAGUCCCAGCAAGCGAUGUCAAAGCUGGCCUUUCUGGUCAGUCCAGUGCCUUUCCGCAGGAAAAAGGGCUCACCACCUACCUCCAGAAGAAGUGGCACAGGUCGAGGUAGCAGACCCAAGUCUAAGCAGGCUAUUUAUGAAGCCCUGGAUGCUGCGCUGAGGGACAUAUACGAGCACAUUCAGGCAGAGCGUGGCCACAGAGGUACCAGGGCACCAGAUGACAGUAUCCUCAGGAGGAUUCUGGCUGAACUGUUACCAAACGUGCCUGAGCGCAGCUCCUCUCUGAGAGGGAGGAGGGGCUGUUGGCAUGGGGGGCACUCCUCCAUCUACGCAGAUGGAAGUCCCACUGGGUAUGCCUCAUCACCACGGUUACAGUCGCCGCGGAUACAGUCACCAGUCAGUGCCUGUUACGGACGCCAUCAUGACACCUCAAACAAUAAUGAUUAUGCAGAGGGCAAUGGGAAUCUCUGUUAUUCAGACCAUGAUGUCUCCAGGAGUUAUUCCACUUUGGAUGGACGGCACACCCCUCAGAGCAGGCGACCCACACCAGACAGAGAGGUGUCGCAUAAACAGAUGACACAACUCAUUCUCUUCUCUCUCCUCCAUCAGAAACAGCCCGCAAGAGCCAUUUAUGAUUUUAAGGCACAGACAGCCAAGGAGCUGACAUUUAAGAAGGGAGACACGGUGAACAUUAUCAGACAAAUAGACAACAACUGGUUUGAAGGGGAGCACCGUGGACGGGUUGGGAUAUUCCCCAUUUCUUAUGUAGAGAAGAUGCCAUCAGUGGAAAAGCAUCAGCCCAUCAGACCUCCUCCCCCCGCCCACGUUAGAGAAAUCGGAGAGGCUGUGGCCCGCUACAACUUCAACGCUGAUACAAAUGUGGAGCUCUCUCUCAGGAAGGGAGAACGAGUAAUUGUGAUUCGACAAGUGGAUCAGAACUGGUAUGAAGGCAAAAUCCCAGACACCACCAAACAGGGCAUCUUCCCCGUGUCUUACGUGGACCUGGUCAAACGUUCUCCGUCCAAAAGCUCUGCCCACCACGCCGACCCACACGUGUAUCCGGGCAGCAGGACGGCAAGCUCCACCCCCACCAAGCGGCUCGUGCAGGAUGCGCUCCAUGGAGGAGGUGACCCGUACCAGGCCCUGUACAACUACAUGCCCCGCAAUGAAGACGAGCUGGAGCUGCGAGAGGGAGACGUAGUGGACGUGAUGGAGAAAUGUGAUGACGGCUGGUUUGUCGGGACGUCCCGAAGGAGCAAGUUAUUUGGAACCUUCCCAGGAAACUACGUCAAGCAGCUAUAAUAAUGAUUCCAGACCCUGGCCCCGCCCACUUUGGUCACAUGAUCGCUGUCCUGCUGCUGCCACAUCCCAGGAGGCAUUGGGCUCAGUUUCACACUGAACUUUUAGCUCUCACUAGCCACCUUUGACAGAAGACUGGUCUGAAAUGUGUUUUUAAACCUUAUUUUUCUAUCCGGGAGUGACCUUUCUACGGCACUAGAGGAAACUUUACAAACUUACAACAAUAAUCACAGCUGAGCGGACAAGGGCAGAGACAACAUUUAGAUAUUUUUUUAUUAGUCUGUAGGAGAGUUGUCCUUAAAUUACAGUGUUGUAUCCUUAAACAUCCCCAAGACCUUUUGCUUUGAGAAAAAGCGAAAGCUGCAGAAAUUCAGUAAACACAUUAAACACAUUUUACUUACAUAUAUGAAUCUUACAUUGCCGAGUUCUAAAUUCCUUUAUCGGAUAUAAGUAUGACUUCCAUGCAUUUUUGUUCAUUGUACAAUUGUACUUAUUAAGGGUGAUAAGUAGGGUCUGGAAAUGGUCACUUUACAAUUCACAUUUUCAUGGAUACUUCAAAUGCCAUUUUUGCUACAUAACAAUUUAAGUGUAUUUUCAUAUUUAAUAAAACCAGUCUCUUCAUCACCAGGACACAAAAACAUUAAUGUUUUGAACAGCAGGUUUCGCCAUAAAUAAUGAAACAUAAUUUAGAAUGUACUUUUUUAUCUUCAGUGUUUAGCCAUUAGUAUGAUGCACUUUAACAACAUAAACCAGUUUGUGUUUCAACUUCCAUUGUUAUUAUUUGUUUAAACACUAGAG